UCUCCCCACCAACACCUGGCUCUGAGGCUCACUGACCCUCCCUCUGGGGCCUCUGAACCUCCCAGAAGGGAAGAAGGCACAAAAGCAGCUAAUUGUCUCUAAACCCCACUGCCUGGCCUGCCUUUGAUUAGCAGCCUCCCUGAAAUCCUCCGCUGCCAGGACAGGCCUUAAGGAGGGACCAUGAAAGGGCCCUAGGCCCAGGCUUCCUUUUGCCGUCUCUCCUGUUCUGCUGGCCUCUGGUGGCUUCUGCCCGGGAGUGGAGAUCCCGUGUGGCCUCUGGGGCAGAGCAGGCUGCCCACCGCGAGUCCUCUGCUGCUCCAGCCUUCCUUGCCCCAUCCGCACCAUGGGAACAACAAAGAGUACAAGGAAUGCUUCUCCCUGUACGACAAGCAGCAGCGGGGGAAGAUUAAAGCCACUGACCUCCUGAUGGUGAUGAGGUGCCUGGGGGCCAGCCCGACGCCGGGGGAGGUGCAGCGGCACCUGCAGACUCACAAGAUAGACAGAAAUGGAGAGCUGGAUUUCUCUACUUUCCUGACCAUUAUGCACAUGCAAAUAAAACAAGAGGACCCAGAGAAGGAAAUUCUUUUGGCCAUGUUGAUGGCGGACAAGGAGAAGAAAGGCUACAUCAUGGCGUCUGAACUGCGGUCAAAACUCAUGAAACUGGGAGAGAAGCUCACCCACAAAGAAGUGGAUGAUCUUUUCAGGGAAGCAGAUAUUGAACCUAAUGGCAAAGUGAAGUAUGACGAAUUUAUCCACAAGAUCACCAUUCCUGUGCAGGACUACUGAAUGAGGAGAAGGCAAGAGAGCCUCCCCUGGGCUGGAAAACUCAGACUGAUGAAUUUUUAAAAAGAAAAGUGUUCCUUUCACUUGCGGGAGAUGGCAAACACAGCAAGAUGACAUACCUGACCACAGGAGAGGGUAACUUAGCAAGGAAACGAAACUAUUUCAGCUACAGUAUUAGCAUGUCUUUAAUAAAAGAUUUUUACUGAUUUUAAUAA